AAUAAUGUAGACUUUGGAGAAUAAGACAACAUGAUAUAAACUUCUUAAUUAAUCCUCUCAUGGAUUAGUCUUAAUAGUCACAGGAAACAAUAACUUUUUUUGACAGUAAACAAGAAUCUGAGAUCUUGAAUAUUUGGUAGUAUAAAAAAAUUAUUCAAAAGAACAAGUGUGCUUUGAUCAUUCGUCAGAAAAUCGAAUCUUGACAAGUUACAGAGUUUACAAUUGAUGCAACACUGAAUGAACUUGUUAAUUCUGCAUGUUGGAGUAGAACAAAAUGUUUAGCUACUUGUAAUUGAAUCUUCAAAAGCUGAAACUUUGACUCGAAAAUGUUGAUUGCAGAUGAAGUUAAUGAUAGUCCAAUCGAGCAAGUCCGACUCACUGUACCGAUCACCGAUGAUCCCACAAUACCAUGCUUGACAUUCAGAACAUGGGCCCUCGGGCUCUCGUCGUGUGUGCUCUUAUCAUUUGUGAACCAGUUCUUCGUCUACCGAACAAACCCAAUUGGCAUAUCAUCAGUCUGUGCGCAGAUUGUCACUCUUCCUCUUGGCAAACUGAUGGCUGCAACUCUUCCCAAAAAGGUCUUCCAUGUUCCGAUGACAAACUGGUCUUUUUCACUGAACCCGGGUCCUUUCACCUUAAAAGAACAUGUGCUCAUCACAAUAUUCGCCAAUGCCGGAGCCGCUGGACCUUAUGCCGUUAACAUUAUCACAAUAGUUAAGGCCUUCUAUGGCCGAGGCAUCAACGCAAUGGCAGCAAUGUUGCUAGCUCAAACAACACAAGUGAGUUCUUUUUUUGUUUCUGCAAGCAAUGCAGGUCAUCAAUGGCAAUGUGCUUAUAAAUUUGAUCGGAAAAUUUUCAGUUGCUCGGUUAUGGCUGGGCUGGUUUGUUCCGGAAGUACCUUGUUGAUUCUCCUUACAUGUGGUGGCCGGGAAUUCUUGUUCAAGUGUCACUCUUCAGGUAAACAACAUCAACAUCUUUCCUCAAUUGACAUACGAAACAAAGCUCAAUUGGCAAAGAACUUAGUAUCACUAAUGAAACUGAGAUGCAGAGCAUUGCAUGAAGAUGAGAAGCGGCCAAAGGGAGGUCUAUCAAGGAUGCAGUUUUUCUUGAUAGUUUUCAUCUCCAGUUUCGCAUACUACAUCAUCCCCAAUUAUUUCUUCCCAUCACUAUCUGCCCUCUCUUUCGUUUGCUGGAUAUGGAAGGACUCAGUGACAGCACAGCAGAUUGGCUCUGGACUUAAAGGACUAGGAAUUGGUUCCUUCGGUCUUGACUGGGCCACUGUGGCUGCCUUCCUCGGAAGUCCACUUGCAACACCGGCAUUCUCCAUUUUCAACACUCUUGUCGGUUUCAUCAUCACCGUAUACGUGUUACUACCCAUCACUUACUGGACAAAUGCAUACAAUGCCAAGCGCUUCCCCUUGAUAACUGCAGAUGUCUUUGACUCUGAUGGAAAGCACUACAACAUUUCAAGGAUCCUCGAUCCAAAGACAUUCAGCAUCAAUUACGACGAAUAUGAUAAUUAUAGCAAGAUCAAUCUCAGCGUCUUCUUCACAUAUACUUAUGGGUUGAGUUUUGCCACCCUCAUGGCUUCCCUUACACAUGCAUUCCUCUUCUACGGCAAGAAUACCUGGGAGAUGUGGCGCAAGGCUGAAAAAUCUACUAGCAAUAAGUUUGCAGAUGUCCACACAAGAAUCAUGAAAAAGAACUACCGCCCUGUACCUCAAUGGUGGUUCGGCAUACUCUUGCUCAUAGUUCUGGGUCUCUCCAUGUUUACCUGUGAAGGUUUCCAUAAACAACUGCAGCUCCCGUUUUGGGGGAUCUUGCUUGCUUGUGCAAUGGCAAUGAUUUUCAUGCUGCCUGUAGGAGUGCUGCUUGCAACAACUAACCAGGGACCUGGGCUAAACGUCAUAACAGAGCUGGUUAUUGGAUAUCUAUACCCUGGGAAGCCUUUAGCCAAUGUGACAUUCAAAACCUACGGAUAUAUCAGCAUGUCUCAAGCUCUAACAUUUCUCACAGACUUUAAACUGGGACACUACAUGAAAAUCCCACCAAAAUCCAUGUUCCUUGUUCAGUUAGUAGGAACAGUAGUGUCAUCCUCGAUCUAUUUUGGCACGGCUUGGUGGCUCCUAACCUCUAUCAAAGACAUAUGCAACAUCGAUCUACUCCCCGACGAUAGCCCAUGGACUUGCCCUGGUGACGAUGUAUUCUACAAUGCAUCGAUCAUUUGGGGAGUGGUUGGUCCUCGUCGCAUGUUUGGUCCCCUUGGCCUAUACUCCAAAAUGAAUUGGUUCUUCGUCAUUGGUCUUCUUGCUCCUGUACCAGUAUGGUUGCUCACAAGAGCAUUUCCAGAGAAGAAAUGGAUUCGGCUCAUCAACAUGCCUAUUGUCCUGAGCGGAGCAGGGUCGAUGCCAGUAGCCAAGACAGUGCAUUACAUAUCUUGGUUCACUGUAGGUAUUGCCUUCAACUUCUUUGUGUACCGACGGUACAAGGCCUGGUGGGCAAGGCAUAACUAUGUGCUUUCGGCCGCCUUGGAUGCCGGAGUUGCCUUCAUGGGAGUUGCUACCUACUUCGCCCUGCAAAACUACAACAUCUAUGGUAUGGAAUGGUGGGGAGCUGAAGCUAGUGACCACUGCCCUUUGGCUAAAUGCCCUACAGCUCCAGGAGUAGUUGCCAAAGGUUGUCCAGUUUUUUGAAAAAUUUUCUUCAGAAACGAAGAAAAAAAUUUCAGACUUGGGUUUUGUUAUCGUGUUUGCCGAGAAAGUAAACAUUCAUUCUUCACUUUCUUCACCAAAUGCAAAGAUAAAUGUCAGAAAUGUCUCAAAUUUGUUGUUAUUCUACAAGUUUUUCAUUACCUUCCACUUUCUUUUCUUCAAAUGGACAUCCAAGUUAACUCUAAACAAAAGUUUAUGCUGUAUAAAACCAGAAAUUGAGAUAGAUCACCAACUUUUCACUGGCAAUGGAAUCAAUAAUUCAAUCAGAAAAUUUUAAUAAAAAAAUCCACAAUAAUUUCACUAAAAAAAAAAAGCCUUUUUCAUUUGUAGUCUUUGAAUUUAAACAAAAAUUUAAUGUUGUAUAAUAUGAGAAAAGAGAUAAGCUUCCACUUCCAAUGGAAUCAAUCAAUUCAAUAAUUCAAAAAAAAAAAAAAAUCAUAUUUUUGUGCAAGCUAAGACUGUAAACUCAACAAAUGUAAGACAAACAUCCGAAACAAGAAGGAAUAAAUUCUCAGAAAUCCAGCAAUCAAAACACCAAAAAUAAGGGUUUCAAAAACAAAAAUUCAGCACUCAAUAUGAAACCUAAUUCACAGAACGAUAACACCGAAUCAUCACUUCGAAUAUGGAUCAAAACACUCGAAAUACAGAAUAUGAUAAGUUAAUCGAAUCAAAAGAACAAUUAAUGGGAGAAAAAGUGUGAUUU